AUGGACGGUAAGUGUUUGUUUUUUUAGCUCAUUGGAGCAGAAUUAAAGACGAAUCUUUAUUUAGUGUUAAAACAAAACCAACGCUUACCAAACAUUACCAUUUUCUUGUACUCUCUCCUUCUUUCUCAGGUCUGCAGCUGUCUCAGAGCUGUGAACUGUCCCUGCCCUGCUGUGCAACCAGGGGGUCACUGUCCAGCGCCAAGGUUCCCCAAGUCAGCGGGGUCAGAGUUCAGCUGGAGAUGCAAGCACUUUGGCAGCAGUUUGACCAGCUGGGCACGGAGAUGAUUGUUACCAAAGCUGGAAGGCAACAUGAAUUCUGUUUCUCUCAUAUCUUCCUCUCCUCCUGCUGCCUCGUUUUGAAAUUAAAGUUUGCAUGUUUUAUUGUGUUUCAGGAGGAUGUUUCCCACAUUCCAGGUGCAGAUCUCUGGGAUGGAUCCUGCAGCUGAAUAUGUCCUCCUCAUGGACUUUAUUCCUGUUGAUAAUAAAAGAUACAGGUCAGACAUAAAGAAUUAGGCAUGCAGUGUUUAGCCUGGGAUAACUCAUUCGUCAUACAGUUGUUUUAAAGCUUAUUUCUGAUAUGUUGUUGAUCUUCUUUAGUGGACUUAUUAUUUGCAACCAAAACAGUCACAGACCUAACCCUCACAGACACGUUUUUCGUCAUGUCACAUGUGUGUCUUGAGCCCUCUGAUAGGCUGGUGACUGUUGAGGGGUGCACCCUGCCUCUUGCCCAAACAGCUGGGUUAGCUGGGAUUGGCUAAGGGUAAGCAGUGAUGCACAAGUGGACAGAACUGUAAGCUCCAACAUCUGCAUCUGUGUGUUCCAGAUAUGCCUUCCACAGCUCAUCCUGGUUGGUGGCAGGGCGAGCUGAUGUCGUGGCCCCGAGCAGGAUGCAUUUCCACCCGGACUCACCUGCCUGUGGGGCCCAGUGGAUGAAACAGACCGUAUCUUUUGACACUCUCAAGCUUACCAACAACUUGCUGGAUGACAACGGCCAUGUGAGUCAAUGUCUCCUAUUUUCUUCAGAUUUUUACCUCUGGGUUAUCAAGCCUGAAAAACUCCCAGUAUCAUUGCCCUGUUUCUGGAAAAGUUGGAUUUGUAACAGAAAAGGCAGGACAAGGGUGAAGCAGUAGGUUACAUCAUAAAGCCCAGUUCUCAUGAUGUUUAAAGUUAUGUAAUAUCAUCAGCUGAUAUUGUUUCAUUUUCUAUAUCUAAAAUCAUGUUUUUAUUUUGAAAUGAUGUAUACACCACUUUUUGUAGACUGUUAGUCACUGAGCUGAAUAAAAUCAUCCAAAAGAGCAGUUAGAAAGUCUAAAUCUUCACUGUGUUAUAACACAUAAAAAGACACAAACUUUUACUUUGUCUUUGGAUUCACAUCUUAGAUCAUAAGUUUUUUAAGUGUCUCAUGAUUAUAGCUUUGAAUUUUUUAAUUCACACAUUGUCCCCCAUUUUCUCUUGGCUAGAUGAUAUUGAACUCCAUGCAUCGCUACCAGCCACGUUUUCAUGUGGUGUAUGUGGAUCCAUCUCCCAACAGCCACUUAAAUGCAUACAGGAACUUCUGCUCCUUUUCCUUCUCAGAGACCCGGUUUAUGGCUGUCACUGCCUAUCAGAACCACAGGGUAGGAAAUCUAGGCCUUAAACUACAUAUUGUCCAUUAGUUUGCUAUUCUUCUUUGAAUCCUUUCCCUCUUUUUGGUCAGAUCACCCAGCUGAAAAUUGCAAGCAACCCAUUUGCUAAAGGCUUUAGGACCACAGACCCACAGGACAGGUGAGCAUCUGUUUAAGCAGGGAAGCAAAAGUACUCUGAAGUUGAUGUUUGUGAAGUGGGACUGCCGUUAUAUCUUAUUUUCACCUCAUGAUCAACAUGGCCAGAAGCAUGAAACUCCAUUACUGCAACAGGAUAUUUUCAAAACAGUUUUUUCUCUCUUAUUAAAUCCAAGAAACUCUCAAAUAGUGGAGCAGAUAAGUGACAUAAUCGUUUGGUUGUUGAUACAAACAUGAAAAUUGGCAUGAGCAUUCUUCAUUCUUCAACAUUUUAAAGAUGGCCGCCAUCUCAUUGAAGCAGUUAACUGAUGUAAAGUUGUGAUAUAAACAUAAAAAUUGGUAAGACCAUUCCCCAUGAGUAACUUAAUAAGAAAAUGCCCUAGCGGCUUGAAAUUUUAAAAAUGGUGACUAUUGUUAAGAUUCCUUUUUACUAUUUCAUGUUUUUCUUUUUAAUUCAAACAUCUAUUUAUUAAGGAGACCCUUAAGGGAUAUGGCGAAAAAAAGAAAACGUGAAUGUUUUGAGUGCACUCACAAGUUUUCUUUUUUUUUUUUUUCCUUCAUGUCCCUUUAGUGGCUCCGCCAUUUAUAUACUUUUCAUAUUUAAUGUUUUGUUUUUUUGCUGCUCAGCACUUUGAGAUCAUUGACUUGAUGUAAAUCGCUAUACAAAUAAAAUUCAUUAUUUUUAUUUUUUGAUUAGUAUAGACAUUGGAUAGAAUAUGUUUAUUGUCCUCGUACAGUGUACAACCAACCUAAAGUGGAAUCCUGAUGGUAUAAAAUAACAAUGUGAUUAAAACAUUAUAAAAUAAAAUAAAAAAACACAUAAUAAUAGAGUAAAAAGUUAAAGUUAAAACAUCAUAAUCUAGUUGUCUUUAGCUGUCUGAUCUCAAACACUUUUGCAGAACUCAGUGAAUGCCCCUCUCUAAUUGAUGAGAGCGACCAGCAAGCGUUGGAGAGAUUUGUUGUGGUGAUGUACGACAGAUUCAGUGAUGUCACAACUGUCAAUGAGGCGAGGCUUGAUCUUUUUGCAAGAAAGCAAAGACCAUAUGACCCGAUCCAACCAACUCAGGCAGCACUGAAAGAGCACGCCAAACGUGCAGCUUAUGAGCCUGGAUUCGUGUAGGGACAGGCAUUGAAGCAAAAGCCAGAAAUACCAAGCCCAUCUGACUGGGGAUAGAUAAAAGAAGACGACGAAUUAUGAAUCUUCUGGACUCCUCUUCCUCUUGUUGCAGAGAGUUGUUGGGAGUUGACCAAAUGUGGAUGCACCAAGGAAUGUACUGGACAAUGCAAGUGCUUCAAAUAUGGACUCACUUGCACAUGUCUGUGUAGUUGCCCCUGCUAGAAGCUAUGUGUGUAUUCUUUUUGCCAGGUUAGGAAGCUUGCAUACUUCAUUGAACCCUACGAGCUAUGCCAUUGGGAGGCAACUCCUGGCAGGUUUUUACCAAAUUGGACAGGUCGACGGCGAGGAGUUGGACAAAACACAAUCAAGCAUUUUCUUUCCAAUUUUCAUGUUUACAUCACCAACUUUACAUGAUAUUACUGCUGUAAUGAGAUGGUGGCCAUCUUUUAAAUGGUCGCCACCUUGAAAUUUCAAGUAGUUUGGGGCAUUUUCUUGUUAAGUGACUCAUGAAGACUGUUCAUACCAAUUUUCAUGGCUAUAUCACCAAUUUCACAAGUACAUCACCUGAUUGUCCCACUUAGGUGGCAGCCAUCUUGAAAAAUAGCCACCAUCUUGAAGUUUCAAAUGGCUGAAACACUUUUCUAGUAAAGUGACCCAUGGAGAAUGUUUGUGCCAAUUUUCAUGCUUGUACCACCAACCGAACGAUUCAGGCUAAAAUUUGUACUUGGCUGCUGCACUAAAAACUUUACUUCUGAUAAAAGCUACUUCAUUUUACAAACUGCACCUUUAAUGCACACUUAAAGCUGUUGAAUCAGUUCCUCUGAGUAUCUGUAAUUCCGCACGAGAAAGGUUGUGUGUACUUUUUCCUCAGUCAUUCAGUCAGGUCAUUCAGUCAUUAAGAAACACAUCUUUACCUGGAAAAUGGAUUAUAUCAUGACAGGAUCACAGUGUAUCGUUAUCAGUCUAUGUUAUCAGCUGGUACACAGUGAUAAGGCUACAGAGUCAAUGAUAAAAAAACCAAUGACCUUUGUAUGCAGGGACAGUUCACAUGAGACAGGUUCUGUGCUGUGCAUGAAAAAAAGUGAGGGAGUUUGCAAAUGCAUAUGCAGCUGCUAUAUAAGUGUGUGUGACUUUAUAUAAAUGUGUGUGCUUGUGUGUUUGCAGGGUGGGUAACUCUGGACUUCUGGCGGUGUGGUGCCCACCAGAGGGCAGAGCUGAGCCCCUCAGUGCCAAACACAGAGAGCAGAGAAGAAAGGGCUCCGAUAGUUCAGACAGUGAGUUUACAUACUGCACAUUAUAGUUAAAGUUUUUUUUUUUUUUUUUUUUUACACAUUUAUGGUUAUUUAAUAGUAAUCCACAUCAAGGCUGUCUAUAUUUCACUUUUUAAAUUUUUUUUUUUCCAGAUAUUUAAGAUGUAUUUGCAGAUUAGAUGCAUCCAAAUUUUAGGAGUGUUAACAAAGAGAUUUUGAAAUACACAGUUUAGUGCACAAACAUAACUAGGUAGUGUAAAAGAGGCUACAACAACCUUGUUGUACGAUGUUAUUACCUUUCCACCUGUGUUCUCCUGCAUCUUCAGGACCCCAAGGCCACGCUGUGUUGAUGGAGGAGCAGUGCAGACUUUUCCAUCCCUGCAAAGACUCUGUGGAACUCCACACGGACAGGAAAAAUGAGGAGAACAUAUUAUCUACUGCUUCCUUUCUCCCUGUUUCCUCUUACUGGGACUGUCCAGGAUCUUCUCAAGAGGGAACGAGUCUGUUAUAG